UGGUCGCCUCAAAUGAGGGUCAUGGUCACGGCGCCGUGGGAUGUAUUUUGCAGGAUCCAGACGUCCAGGUUAACCUAAAGGACUGGAAUCAUCGCACCGCGUUGAUGCUGGCUUCGAAGGAGGGACACGCGGACACCGUUGGUCAGCUGCUACGUGUUCCGGGGCUGGACGUCAAUUCGACGAGGAGAGGAAUGACUGCGUUGAUGAUGGCGGCAAGUGAGGGGCACCAGGAUGUCGUUAGGGGGCUACUUCGUUUUGAAGGGGGGGAGGGCAACGCUGUGACCGAUGAAAGUGGAUGGACGGCGUUUAUGUUGGCAGCGAGAGGAGGUCAUGAAUCUGUUGUUCCGCUUUUGGUCACUUGCGGCAGCGCAAGAGUGGACAUUGCGAGUAAGAGUGGAAAGACGGCGCUGGACUUGGCCUCCGAUAAUGCACACCCCCGGAUUGUUAGAUUGCUUACCCAGUGUUUGGCUGAGCGUGCAGAUGCACCACUAAUUCAAUGUGAGGUGGAUGCUACAUAUUUGUACAUUAGCUACUUGAAUACACCAGUGACACAAACCAGUCGUCAGUAG